AAUCAAUCGAGACAUUCAACAGAUCAGCCAUACAAUCAAACCAAUUAGUGCUCAAUGGAUCACAAAAGGUAUCUUAAUGUAGUCGACACGUUCUUCUGCACUAGAGACGGACCAAUCUAGGAGUGUUCAUACGAUAAUCUUAAGACAAUGACUUCACUCAAGAUAGACAGAGAUGGAGAAUUGAAGAUGUAUCAGCAGAAGAACAGUCCGUACAAGACAAACUUUAGACAGGAGGCUAUCCUGAAAAGGAGGGAGCUGACCACGAAUGCAUUGCUGCGCUUUGAAAAAACACAAAACAAAGGUCAGCAAGAGAGACAAUCUGCAUCGAGAAGUCUGGUCACUAUAGACACGCACAAAGCACGCAGCAACAGUGAAGUCUUGAGGCUAGUCAUACGAGAUCUGGGCUGGAGAGAGUACACAUUUCCGCGACGUGAUCAGAACUGUGACGUCACGUGGCACGCCAUCUCGUACUUUGAUCAAAGUGAUAUUUUUACAGGACAAAUUAACAAAUUUCCAGGAUCUCUAGAAAUAUUUCACAAAGUCAACCUCUUUAGAUGGCUGGAAUUUAUGAAAUCUGUCUUCCCAGAGAAAUAUAACUUUUUCCCAAGAACAUGGUUUCUACCACACCAGUAUAAUGAUUUCGUUACUGAGGUUAGAAGUAUGAAUGAAAAGAAGCCCCAAAAUAAGCCCAUGUUUAUAGUCAAGCCCAGUGAAGGUUCCCAAGGUGAAGGCAUUUAUUUAUUACGUGACCCCAGACAAUAUAACCACUACAACGGCCGCAAUCACGUGAUCCAGGAGUAUCUGAGUGACGUCUUUCUCAUUGAUAAAUUUAAAUUUGAUCUCAGGGUCUAUGUUGUCCUAAAAUCUAUAGAACCUCUGGAGUUUCACAUCUGCAGAGAAGGGCUGGCCAGAUUUUCGACAGUCCCGUAUGAGCAGCCAAAUAACAAAAAUAUGGCUGAGACUUUUAUGCACUUAACAAACUACUCACUCAAUAAGAAAAGUUCGGAAUUUAAAAUUUCUGACAAGGAUGACGAAGGCAGUAAGAGAAAGCUGUCUGCUGUGUUCAAGGUCAUUGAAAAACUGGGUCAUGACGUAGACCUUCUCUGGGAGAAGAUUGAUAAGAUGGUUACGUUGACUUUGAUAGCAGUGGCAGGAGAGUUGAAAGUGGAGCUGCAGGGAGCUAUACCCCCUGGGAAACUGGGACCCACUUGCUUCCAGAUCUUGGGCUUCGAUAUCCUUCUAUUGAAAGACUUGGAACCCUCUUUACUUGAAGUGAACUCUAACCCGAGCCUCAGCAUAACGGAAGAGCACGAGACACCGACAGGUGGCGUUGAGUACAAAAUCUCUUCCAAGGAUGAAGAAAUCAAACGGAAGUUGAUCCGAGACACUCUGAUUUUGAUAGCGCCCAAAAAUAAAUACACAAGAAAAAGACGUAAACGCACCAGAAGAAAGCUAAGAGAAGGGGAAGAAGAAAUGGACGUGGACACUGCUGACAGUAGAUCCAGGCAUAGGCGUCAUCGCCGAAGGGAAAAAGCCAUUUCCAUCAAAUUCAACGACGAAGACGAAGGCGGAGACAGCAAGAAGUCUAUCUUUGACGAGUCUCCGAAGUUCGUCCGUACCGAGACCUGCCGAGUGUUCAUCGAGGGCGAAGGGGAGGUGCAUUUCACAGAGCAAGGCCCCACCAAUUCGAAAUACAAGAGCCGACAUCGCAAUCGGAAGAGCUCAUCACACGGAAGCAAAAACCGUAAACACAAGCGAAAACACAGAGACCCCGAGAGAAUGGACACCUCUGACCACCUUCCCCCGGUGAUACCCUCACAGGAACAAGAGGAGGUCAAAACGGAGGAUGAGGACGACCAGAACGUGGAUGCUCCUCACGAGACAUCGGAGAACUCUCAAGAGGAAUCAUCCGAGGAAGAAUACGAAGAGGAAGAAUCCUGUCUGAGGGAAAUUUUCCCGGCUGUGUACGGGAAGAGCUUUGAGGACGAGAGAAUCCUGGAAAAGAUUGCGGACAUCUUUAUUUCAUGUCUUGGUGUGAAAGGAUCCAUGCGCAUGGGACCAACAAUGUUCCGACUGUUUGCAAGAAAGUGUCGCCUGAACAAAAGGGGCAUAACCAAUGCAGCUAUCGACAUUCUGUACAUUGACAUGCAAAGGAAGUUUGAGUACUUGAACCCUGACAGGACGGCAGGUGUCUGUUUCUUCGCUUUUGCUGGAGGAUGCGUUCGACUCGCUACACUGUUCAACGGCUCGUCCUUGACAUCGCAGCUCCGAAACUUCUUGGAGCACUGUCAAACCUUCAUGCGAAUACCCAGCGAGUGGGAGGCUGAAGCGGUGCUCAAAGCACGCCAGAGGUUCAGCCAGAGGGCGAGAGAAGGCAUGCUGGAAGAUGGAACGGAAGAAAUCUACGAGCUAUCCUUCAAAGGUGAGAGGUCAAAGACGCAAGUCCCAGACGAUUGGCCGACAUUGUUGGAGGAAAAAUACACAGAUCGGACAUUUUCUAAUCCCCAGAAAAAACACACCAGUAUUUUUAGUCUACUGCAAAGUUUAAGAAGGCUGUGAUGGAUGUUGAAUUAACAACCUAUUUAAACUUAUCUAUUAUUGAACCAAAAACGUUCCCCCAACUCUGUUGUUUAUUUCAUUAUAGUUAACUCUUUAAUCUCUUUUUGAUGAAUUGUUCAAGUAUAUUAUUUAUAUUUACUAUAUUUAUUUUUAUAUAAAUAACGCAGUACACUCAAUUUGCAAUGGGGCGCAACUCGUAUAUAUUUAUAGCUUGUGCAAUUUAAUGCAAGACGUGAGAGUUACCUGCAAGAGAUUACUUUGUGUGCCUCUAGUUCUAACAGAAUCUUCAAGUAGGUCAACAAGUAUGAAUCAAUGCGUGUUUGUAAAGUUAUACUCUUACCGACACAAUGUUCAACAAAAUAUUUUAAGACUGUUUAAAUCAUGAAAAAAAAAGGUGUGAAUGGCGCCGGCUGCACUUUUGUUUGCCUGUUUCACUUUAUUUAUUAUGAAAUUUUUUAUUUGUAAUCAUUUAAAGUCUACAGUUGGUUGCAUAUUUCUCUUCUCUAUUAUCUGUUAUUCUUGAUCCAUUUUAUUGCAUUUUAAGCUAUCAAAUAUGUAUCCAUGUAUAAACUAUAUCUCUUUAUCAAGUCAAAGAUAAUCGAGCAGCAGCACUGUGCCCUUAAUGUAGAAACGGAGAUUUUGUAUAACUAAAAAACAUAAAGGGUUGGAUAUCAAAUAUGUUUUAUUAUAUUCCCAUGUGCAAUGUUUCCAUUUUAACAUUUGGUUGUACUUUUUAAAGUCUUUCACUAUUGCUAUCAGUAUUUUUUAAAAAAAAUCUGUAUAUCAAUAGACUCUCUAUUUUAUACACAAUUUAAAACUUGUAUACUAUUUCUCUCUUUCUCUUUUCAU